AUGGCCCGCAUGAAACACGGCGUCUUCUCCUGGGAGGACGUGCUCGCCCAACGAUACCAGAGUCAGUAUUACGAACUCCCUGUACCUUUUGCAGCCUCGGUAGGAGAAGGAGAAAAGGAUCCAAUUAUGACUAUUGUCACAUACCUUCAUAGCUUCCCGCAAUCAGGACGCAAUCAGCCCCCUCCUCUACCACGACCCCGUCGCAGAACCCUCACGAUCGCCGAGCCACAGCCACAAUCUCGAUUGCUGUCGCGCCUCUCCCCAGAGCUCCGCCUGAUAAUCUGGGAGAUGGUUCUGGGCGGACAGCGACUACAUAUCAUCCAGCGCAAUAACCAGCGCCUCGGCCACAUAGUGUGUCCACUCAAGACCCACACACUUACAUCAGACGAAGAGAAGACGCGCCAGGAGCGCGAUUCAUCUUGCGAGAUCUGUAACGGGCAUGGGAUCCCCCAGCCCGUGAAGGAGGGUGAUCUCGCGCAUACCCGUAGAUCGGCGAAACUGCUAAGUCCCGCGUUGACGUGUCGACAAAUGUACCAAGAAUCAAUUCACCUCCUGUAUACCCUCAACACAUUUGAAUUCAGUAACCCAUGGUCACUACCGUAUAUGCGCCCCACUAUCCCCGCAGAUCACUGGGACUGUAUACGUAACGUCGAGCUGCGCUGGUCGUUCGAAGGCCAUUGGCUUCCAUGCAAGGAUCCCGUACGCGCGAUAUACAUUUCCGCUGGACGGGCGCAAUGGAUAGAAACCUGUCGCGCAUUGGCAUUGUUACCGACAUUGAAAUCAUUCGUGCUUGUCUUGGGUCGCACAUGGUUCAGUGAGCCGGUCGAGAAAUUACCCGUGUUUCUGGAGCCAUUGCGCGGAUUGCGGGUUCAGCAGCGCUCGCGUUCGCGGACGAUUCGUCGUCAAGUGAAGGCGUUGGAUGAGUAUGAUCUUGGUUCUGGGAGUUCGGAUGAGGAGUCAGAGUCGAGCUCUACUUCGGGUUCUAGCUCCAAUUCUAGCUCGAGUCUCAGUAUCAAUGUCAGUGGAAGUGACAUGGCUGCGAGUAGAGGAACCUCCACAAUCCUGCAUUCAUACUGUUCCUUUUACUCCUCACCACCUUCAUCAUCUACUUCUGACAUCAUUCCGUUACCUUUCAAGAAAGCAGACGGACUAGCAGCGUGGGAGCUACGCCUGGAAGGCCAGCCGUAUUACGUGCACGAGCUGGGUCGUAUGGGCGACGACCUUAGGCAGAGGGGGAUCGACUGUUGCAUCUCGGCGAGGUGA